ACUCCAGUUUCCUCCAACUCAGCAACCUCUCACAACUAAUUAAGCCAGCCACUAAUGGCAACUUCUCCCUCUCGACAUCUUCUCCUCCUCGUACUCCCUCUGCUGCUCCUCCUCGCCUCCACCUCACUCCCUCACUCCACCUCCCAAACCCUAACCCCACAACAACAACAACAAGAAGAACAAGAGAAGCAAACCCUCCUCCUCCUAAAAUCCGAUUGGGGCAACCCCCCAUCCCUUUCCACUUGGAACUCCACUUCCGCCGAUCCCUGUAACUGGGAAGGGAUCACCUGCACCAACACCUCCGUCACCGCAAUCUCCCUCCGCCUCCACAACCUCACCAGACCCAUCCCCUCCUCCAUCUGCGACCUCCCGAACCUCUCCUUCAUCGACCUCUACUUCAACUACCUCCCCGGCGAGUUCCCCACCGUUCUCUACAAAUGCAGCAACUUGGAGCACCUGGAGCUCGCGCAAAACCUAUUCGUCGGCCAACUCCCCGCCGAUAUCCAUCGGCUAUCGCCCAAGCUCACGUACCUCAGCCUCUUCGGCAACAACUUCUCCGGCGACGUCCCACGAUCCAUCGGGCGGCUCCCGGCGCUGCAGACGCUAUUCCUGCACUCCAACCUCCUCAACGGCUCCUACCCUGUGGAGAUCGCGAAUCUGUACGAUUUGCGAUAUCUCUCGUUGGCAUACAACCCUUUCGCCCCCGCGCCGAUUCCGCCCGAAUUCGGGAGCUUAACAAAGCUCAAGUCUCUGUGGAUGACCCAGAUUGGCGCCGUCGGAGAGAUCCCGGACACGUUCCAGAAGCUCACGGAGAUCGAGUAUUUUGAUCUGGGUUGGAAUUCGAUGAACGGGACGAUACCAGAUUGGAUUUGGACGCUGCCGAAGCUGACGAACUUCUACUUGUAUGCGAAUUUGUUCUCCGGCGGGAUAAACCGGACGAUCAGUGCGCUGAGUCUGGUCGAGAUCGACGUCUCGAUGAACCUAUUGACCGGGCCGAUGCCGGCCGAUCUGGGUAAGCUGACGAACCUCACAGUGCUCUUCAUGUACUACAAUAGACUCUCCGGGGAAAUUCCCGCGAGCGUCGGGUUGCUCCCGCAGCUCCGCGACCUCCGGCUCUUCAACAAUAGUCUGUCCGGGGCGCUCCCGCCGGAAUUGGGGAAGCACUCCGAGCUGCAAAAUCUUGAAGUGGCCAACAACGGGCUCUCCAGGAAGCUCCCGGAGGGCCUCUGCUCACGGGGGGCGCUCAGGUCGGUCGUUGUGUUCAACAACAACUUGUCCGGCGGGGUACCGGACUCGCUCGCGAACUGUUACACGCUAGAUAACAUCCAAUUUUAUGGAAACAAGUUCUCCGGCGAGUUCCCGAAUACAAUUUGGAAGGCGGAGAAUCUUACGACGGUGAUGAUCCAUGACAACGCCUUCUCGGGCACCAUUCCGGACCCGCUCCCGUGGAAUCUCACCCGGUUGGAGAUCCAGAACAACAGAUUCUACGGCACCAUCCCUUCAUCGGCUGGCCGGUUGCAGGUAUUCCUGGCGUCGAACAACUUAUUCUCGGGCGAGAUCCCGAGUAAUCUAGCUGGAAUUUCGCAGCUCAAUGUGCUGUUUCUCGACGGCAACCGGAUUUCCGGCUCGAUCCCGUCAGGGAUAUCGGCAUUGACGGGCCUCACCCAGCUCAAUCUCAGCAGCAACCGGCUCACCGGCGAGAUCCCGGGCUCAUUCGGAUCGCUCCCCGUGCUUACGUCACUUGAUCUCUCGGACAACGAGCUCUCGGGACCGGUCCCGCCGCAGCUCGGUAAUCUUAAGCUCAAUUUUCUCAACGUCUCCUGCAACGAACUCUCCGGCCCAAUUCCGGUGUCGUUACUGAACCAAGCGUAUGACAGAAGCUUCCUCUCGAAUCCCGGGCUUUGCUCCUCACUUAACAUCAUCACGAAUCUCCGCGCCUGCGGCAAUAGAUCAGGCGGCCUUACGAAGCUCGGGAGGAGUCUGUUCAUCGUGAUCAUGCUUCUCGGUGGGCUUUUGAUUUUGGGGACGGCGGUCGUCGGCACCUUAAUGGUAAGAGAGUACCUCAAGAGGGAAAAGGAGGGACCUGAUCUCGCCGCGUGGAAGCUCACCUCUUUCCACCAUCUCGAUUUCACGGAGGAGAGUAUCAUCCGCAGGCUCACUGAAGAUCGCCUGAUCGGCAGGGGCGGCUCUGGAAAGGUGUACCGCAUCGAGCUCGGUCCCGAAAAUACGGUGGCCGUGAAAAAGAUAUGGAACAGCCGGAAGUUUGGCGCGAAGCUGGAGAAGCAGUUCCAAGCAGAAGUCCAGAUUCUGAGCUCUAUCCGGCACAACAACAUUGUUAAGCUAUUUUGCUGUAUCUCGAGUUCGGACUCCAAGUUGCUGGUCUACGAGUACAUGGAAAACAAGAGCUUAGACAUGUGGCUCCACGGGCAGGCAGGCGCAUCUGUGCCAUUGGAUUGGCCGAUGAGGCUGGAUAUCGCGAUCGGAGCGGCCCAGGGGUUGUGCUACAUGCACCACAAUUGCUCCGCGCCGAUCGUGCACCGAGACGUCAAGUCCAGUAACAUACUUCUCGACUCGGAGUUCAAAGCUAAGAUCGCCGACUUCGGGCUAGCCCGAAUGCUGGUCAAGGCCGGGGAACCCGAAUCUGUUUCAGGCAUAGAGGGCUCUUUUGGGUACAUGGCUCCAGAGUGUGCAUACGCUAGGAAGAUCAAUGAGAAGAUGGAUGUGUUCAGCUUCGGAGUGGUUCUUCUGGAGCUGACGACGGGGCGGCAAGCGAACGAAGGGGGCGAGGACGAGAACUUGGCGCAAUGGGUAUGGCGGCAUUGUGCAGAGGGCGGUAGGCUGAUCGAUGUGAUCGACGAGGACAUCCGGGACCCCGCGUACUUGGACGAGGUGGACGAGGUACUCAAAAUCGGUCUCAUGUGCACCGCAACAAAUCCAUCAUAUAGGCCGUCGAUGAAGGAAGUGUUGAAACAGCUAAUGCAGUGCGACCGCACAAACGGAGAUCGGAACAUGCUCCGCGGCGAGUAUGACGCGGCUCCCUUUCUACAAAUCAAAAUGGGGAGUCGGCGGAAAAGCUUGUCGGAUACCGGAGAAGACGAGAGAGAGGACAUCUAUGCGCAUGUUGUGCGAGCAUAAAUGUAACAUAUCGUAGUGCAGUGAACAAGCACAACUCACACACUAACCUAGACUCAAGCUUUGGAAUGGAGCGUGCCACAACUGUAGUAGGUAAGGAUUAAUAGCUAGAAAUAGCUGUGUUGGAUCAACGCUAGCUGCUAAUGGAUUGCUGUAAGGUCUACUAAUACGCUGUAUAUAUAGCUAAUUUAAGUAAUAGAAGAUAUAAAUAAAGGUCCAACCAAUGGGAUCGCCGCUUGGCUAAUCUCCUUGUAAAUGAAGUUUAAUUUUGAUGAAGAUCAUAAGAUUGAGAAUAAGCUAUUAUUAUA